AUGGCUCCGAGGUCCGUCUUCCCCGCCUCUCUGCCACCGGCCUUGGCGACACUCAUCCUCUCCUCGCUCCUCCUCCGCCCCGCCGGCUCCUCCACCACCCUCGACGGCUGGAUCUCCGACACCAUGGAGGAGUUCGACAGGCUGACGGCGGCGACCGCCGCAGGCGUCUCCGACACCCUGGACGCACGCCUUCAGCUGGCGGAGAGCAAGCGCCUGAUCAUCACCGUCAGGCAGGACGGCACCGGCGACUUCCGGACCGUGACGGAGGCGGUGGGCAGCGUGCCGGAGGGGAACGGGCGGCGGACGAUCAUCAAGAUUGGCCCCGGGGUGUACGUGGAGAAGCUGACGGUGGAGAGGACGAAGCCCUACGUCACCUUCUACGGCGACCCGCAGUCGAUGCCGACCAUCGUAUUCAACGGGACGGCGGCGCUCUACGGCACGUGGAACAGCGCCACCGUGGCCGUCGAGUCUCACUACUUCAUAGCGUGCCACAUCAUCUUCCAGGUGACACGCCCGGCCACGGUUCUCUGAUGAAAUCGACAUUAAUCAACAACAAGCGAAUUGAGCGGAAAUAUAUGAUUCCGAUUCUGAAAUUCAUAGUCUUCAUUGAAUCACUGUCUGUGCGAAGAACUCCGCGCCGAUGCCAAGGAUGGGAGAGGAGAAUAGGCAGGCCGUGGCCAUGCGGAUAUCCGGCGACAAGGCGGCGUUCUACAACUGCAAGUUCUAUGGUUUCCAAGACACUCUCUGCGACGACACAGGGAAGCACUUCUUCAAGGACUGCUCCAUAAGAGGAACCGUCGACUUCAUCUUCGGCAAUGGGAGAUCCAUCUACUCGGUGAUCUCUCUCUCUCUCUCUCUCUCUCUCUCUCUCUCUCUCUCUCUCUCUCUCUCUCUCUCUCUCUCUCUCUCAUCUGAGAGCUUUCGUUCCGCUUCUCCGUAACAGGACUGCGACAUAGAGUCCGUGGCGCCGCCGACGGGUAUAACGGCGAUCGUAGCCCAGGGGAGGGAGAACGCCAACAAGGGGGGGUUCUCCUUCAUCCACUGCAAGAUCCAUGGAACUGGGAAGGCCUAUCUGAACCGGGCAUGGAGGGACAGCUCGAGGGUCGUCUUCGCCAACACGUACAUGGGCAGCCUUGUCACCCCCACGGGCUGGGACGACUUCGGCGUCCCCGCCCGUGACCGGUGCGCUAAUCUUCCUUCCUCUUCCAUCCUCCAUUCUUCACUGGCUAACCUAGAUGCCUAUAUGAUUUCUUCCGAUCCUUCUCCAUCGAUUUGGUCAAUCAAGCAUAGUUCAUGUUGAGAAUCUACUAAGAUAACUGCAUGAGUGAUGGAUAUACCGAUACAGUUUACUAACUAAAAAAAAAGGCACAUCUGCUCAUUUAUAGUUGGCUUCUUAGUCCUUUGAAUUCACUAAUUUAUCAUGAUCAUGAAGAGUUAAGUUCUGAGGUCUCCUCAUGUGGCCAAUGCAGGACGGUGUUCUACGGUGAGUACAACUGCUCAGGGCCGGGAUCGUCCACCGCCGACCGAGUGGGCUACGCUCGAGUGCUGACGGAGAAACAAGUAAAGCCUUUCCUGAGCCCUACCUUCAUCCGGGCCUCCACAUGGCUUCUCCAUCCACCCAAGCCUUAG